AUGAACUCAUUGCGAGUUCUCCACGAGUAUACCCCUUUCGUCCGUCUGACCCCCGAAGAAACACAGUUACUUCGUGAACAACUUUCGAAUCCUCAAGGCGGACUCCCCGCAUAUCAUAAAACGACUCCACAUUCCGAGAAGGUUCGCCACAUCCUGCUCAAAUCAUUCCUGCGGUUCGCCCCAGACGUUCCAGUGCUUUCGCAUCAUUAUAAGCGACCAGAACGCUUUGGUGUUGACGACUCGUUCAUGAAGAUUGACUGGGAGUGGAUGGAAACCAGUGCCUCGGAACUGGCCUCGUCUGACCCAAUCGACUCAGCACAUUGGUGA